CUAUUGAAAGUAAGUUAUUUCUGGAGUGGACUUUAAAGUUUAAAUUAAGUCGCAGACCUAGCAGCUACAGCCUUUUUGGCAUCCCAUACAACAUGACAACAAUUGACAACGACGUUGGUUUAUAAAACCUUGGACCUUCUUUUCUGUAUUUGGCCGUAAAAGCUCAGGAUCACUAAAGGGUUACCUUUCCUGAAUACGGAUAAAGAGGGGUUGGAGACGGGAAGCCAAGAUGAGUGAAAUCAAGGUUCUUGAAGAGCCCCUGCCCGAUGUGGAUAAAGGAUUCCAGGUCUUCUUCUUGAAGAUAGAGGAUACAGAAGAUGAGGAAGUUGAGGUGACCAGAGACCCAUCAAGAAUACACGAUGAUAUCCUCAACCUGCAGUGUAGUUGUCGGGAUGGAAGUUUUAGUCAAGAAAUUUCAGGAGAGGAUAGGGAAGAGGAGAUCAAGACAAGUAACGUGGCAGAGCCUCAAGCUGGAAACCCCACAAGAUCAAAUCAGCAGCUGUCAGGACAUGGUGAAGAAAUGGACGAAAGGAGAUGUAUGAAGCCAGAAACACAGGGUAAAGUCUCAAGAAAAGGCAGCUCAACUGUUCUGCCAAAUGCUGAAGCAUUGGCCAAUUGUGAUUCACCUCAAAGAGACUUUAGGAACAUGAUCAAUAAAUCUGGUUCAAAUGAUGUUCCAGUUCAAGAAAGUGAUUCGCAAAAACCUUUAACAGCAGUGGACAGAGUAGGUGCUUCAUGUUCCUAUAGGCCUGAGCAUGAAGGGAUGAAUAAGCAACGAGAAAGUCCUUCAGCAAAGCAGUGUUCUGAUGGUGAUGAAAGAAUUGCAAACACUGACAGCGCAAUAGACAUGGUGUCUAACAGAAGAGAAAAGCAGCAUCAGUGUUCUGUUUGUAACAAAAAAUUCUUAUUCAAGAGUAAGCUAACAACACACAGCAUGAGCCAUAGUGGAGAAAAGCCUUUCCAGUGUUCUGUUUGUAACAAAAAGUUCAUAUUCAAGAGUGGGUUAAAAACACACAGUAGGAUCCAUGGUGGAGAAAACUAUUUCCAGAAAUUUCAGUGUUCUCAUUGUAACAAUAGGUUCACAACGAAGUUUGGCCUCCACAGACAUAAGCAAUCCCAUAAAGGAGAAAACCCAUUCCACUGCUCUCAUUGUAAUAUGAAGUUCUCGCUGAAAAGUUAUCUGUUAUCUCAUUUGAAAAGCCAUUCAGGGAUAAAGCCAUUCCAGUGUUCUAUUUGUAGCAAACAGUUUUUAGGGCAGAAAAGUCUAACAUACCACCUGAAAUUCUGUGAUAAGACACAACACAGAGGAGGAAACACUAAUUAUGAGUGCUCUGUUUGUAACAAAAUAUUCUCUGUCAAGCAAAAUCUAAAAAGACAUAUGUUGACCCAUAGUGGAGAAAAGCCCUUCCAGUGUUCUGUUUGUAACAAAGGUUUAUCAAGUAAGAGUGUGCUAGAUAUGCAUAUGAGAACCCAUACAGGAGAAAAGACAUAUCUUUGUUCAAUUUGUAGCAGACAAUUCAUAUGGAAGACUAGUCUAAAGUAUCAUAUGAAAACCCGUUGUGGAGAAAAGCUGUUUCAUUGUUCUGAUUGUAACAAAAGGUUCUCUACUGAGGACUUCCUAAACAUGCAUAUGGAAACCCAUACAAGAGAAAAGCCAUUCCAGUGUUCUCAUUGUGAUAAGAAAUUCGUGCUAAAAAGUUAUCUGUUAUCUCAUAUGAGAUCCCAUACAGGAGUAAAGGCAUAUCAUUGUUCUGUUUGUAGUCAACAGUUCAUGUGGAGGAGAAGUCUAGCACGCCACAUUGAAAUCCAUGAUGUAGGUAAUCCAAGACCAUGCUCCGAGUGUGGAAAAGUGUGUCUAAGCAAGUCUUCUCUCACCAAGCAUAUGAAAACCCAUACGAAGGAAAAGUCAUAUCAGUCAUCUCAGUGUUCUGUUUGUAACAGCAAGUUCUCAUGCAAGAGUGAGCUAAGAAGACACAUGAGGAACCAUAUUGGAGAAGAGCCUUUCCAGUGUUCUGAUUGUAACAGAAGGUUCUCACGAAAGGGUUACCUAGAUAUGCAUAUGAGAACCCAUACAGGAGAAAAGCCACAUCUUUGUUUAGUUUGUAGCAAACGAUUCAUUUCGGAGACUAGGCUAACAAACCAUAUGAAAACCCAUGGUGGAAAAAGGUUUCAUUGUCCUGAUUGUAACAAAAGGUUCUCAUUCAAGAGUGAGCUAAUAAGACACAUGUGGACCCAUAGUAGAGAAAAGCCCUUCCAGUGUUUUCAUUGUAACAAAUGGUUCUCAAGAAAGGGUAACCUAAACAGGCAUAUGAAAAGCCAUGCAGGAGAAAAUACAAUAAAAAAGCCAUAUCUUUGUUCAGUUUGUGGCAAACGAUUUACUUCGGAGACUAGGCUAACAAACCACAUGAAAACCCAUGAUAGAAAAGAGAUUCAUUGUCCUGAGGCUGAUUGUAACAAAAGGUUCUCAUUUAAGAGUGAGCUAUCAAGACACGUUGUGACCCACAGUGGAGAAAAGCCUUUCCAGUGUUCUGAUUGUAACAAAAGGUUCUCAAGAAAGGGUUACCUAGAUAUGCAUAUGAGAACCCAUACAGGAGAAAAGACAUAUUUUUGUUCAAUUUGUAGCAGACAAUUCAUAUGGAAGACUAGUCUAAAGUAUCAUAUAAAAACCCAUAUGAAGGAAAAGUCAGAUCAGUGUUUUAAUUGUAACAGAAUGUUCUCAUGCAAGAAUGAGCUAAGAAGACACAUGCGGACCCAUAUUGGAGAAAAGCCCUUCCAGUGUUCUGAUUGUAACAAAAGGUUCUCAAGAAAAGGUUACCUAGAUAAGCAUAUGAAAUCCCAUACGGGACAAAAGCCAUUUCAGUGUUCUCAUUGUAAUAAGAAGUUCUUGCUUGAAAGUCAACUGUCAGAUCAUAUGAAAAGCCAUUCGGAGGUAAAGCCGUUCCAGUGUUCUAUUUGUGGCAAACAGUUUUUUCAGAAGAAAAGUCUAACAUACCACCUGAAAUUCUGUGAUAUGACACAACACAGAGGAGGAAAUACUAACUAUGAGUGCUCUGUUUGUAACAGAAUAUUCGCAUUCAAGCAAAAUCUAAAAAGACACAUGUUGACCCAUAGUGGAGAAAAGCCCUUCCAGUGUUCUGUUUGUAACAAAGGGGUAUCAAGGAAGAGUGUGCUAGAUAUGCAUAUGAGAACCCAUACAGGAGAAAAGACAUAUCUUUGUUCCAUUUGUAGCAAACAAUUCACUUGGAAGUCUAGCUUAAAGUAUCAUAUGAAAACUCAUUCUGUAUUAAAUCAAUUUUAGUAUUCUGUUUGAAGAAAAUUGUUCCUUUGAAAGAGGAGUCUAAUCUAUCCUAUAAAUAUCCAUACUGUAGAAAAGCCAUAUCAGUUGAGCAAUGAUAAUAGUGGGUUCUUGUAUAGUGCUCAAGACAUGUCUUUUAGACUUGACACUCCUGGCGCUCCACGGCAUUAGCAAUAUUGGUGCUCUAACAUUUCAAGGAAUUAAUUCCAUGCCAGAUACCCGUUUACCUCACCUGGGUCGAGUGUGGCAAAUGUAUAUUAAUGUCUCUUAAAAGAAUUAUUCACCAUCAAAGAUGGCACAGGUAGGCCAGAUUUUAAUUAAAAAAACCCAAGUACUGUAAAUCUCUGUGUAUAAGAUGCACCUGUGUAUAAGACGCACCCCUAUAGUAGAGGCUGAGGGGUUUUAAAAAAAAAAAAAAUUGCCCACUUUGUCUGCAGCAAGCCAGGUUCGUGUUAAAAAACACAUGCGAGGAAGGACUUUCAUUUAACUGCAUUUGUGCUUGUGAACCUGUCACAAAUAAUAGUAACAAUGUCGUUUUUAAAAGAAUG